CGCCUCUACUGAGGAAGGUGCUGAACCACUUGCUCAUGCAAUCAUCAUCUCUCCAGUAUAUAUAAACACUAGCCUCUGACCACAUUCUUGCAUUGCCUUCUCAUAUUUCCACACACAAAUCAGAAGAAAGGUGUGAUGGGUCUGGAGAGAGCUGAUCUGGGUGUGUUGGUGAUGGUGGUGAUAUGUUGUUGCAUGCAAAUAGCAGGAGGUACAGUUUACAAGGUGGGGGACUCAGCUGGCUGGACAACCAUUGGGAAAGUUGAUUACAAGCAGUGGGCUGCUACUAAAACCUUCAAACUUAAUGAUGUUAUCUUGUUUGAGUACAGCUCUCAGUUCCACAAUGUGAUGCAAGUGAAACAUGUACACUACAAGUCAUGCAAUGCAUCUUUCCCAAUUGCCACUCACACAUCAGGCAAUGACUCCAUCACCAUCACCAAGCACGGCCACCAUUUCUUUCUCUGCGGGGUUCCUGGUCACUGCCAAGCUGGUCAGAAAGUCGACAUCAACGUGCUUCGCCUUUCUGAUUCACUUCCUCCCUCCUCCCCUCCUGCUGCAUUGCCCACUUCUUCACCCAUUGUGCCUGCACCUUCUCCGAGCAAGGCAGCUCCAUUCUCUGUUUUGAGCUGGUUUUCGUGUUACCUUUGGUUGGUUAUGCCUGUUAUUGUAGCCUUGUUUUGAGAUUUUGAUCAAUCAGGAAGAUAUGUAUUUACUCUCUGGGGAGUCUUUGUAAACUGAACCAAUAUUUGAUGGAAUUAAUGUCAUAGGGUCUUAAUAAUA